AAACCCAUUUUUCUUGCAAGAAAAUCUACUACAUUCUUCUGAUGACAAAGACAUAAAACGAAGUACAGAAAUAUCAAAUAUGGAAGCUGAAGUUUGACAACUGAGAAAGGAGGAGCAAGUUAGAGAGAGUAAGCAUGUGCGGUCUGGCUUCAGCUUCAAUCCCCACUUCUACUUUCCCCUCUUUUCAACAAUCUAAGAUUCAAACCAAGCCUUGUAUCAAUCCAUGUAACUCUCUUGUGCCUCCUCCUACUAAGCUAUGUUCCUCAGAUCUCUGUCUUACAAUUUUUAGCUUUGGUGGCCCCAGACUGAUUCACAGAAGUAGUGUUAUCUCCAGAAGUAGCACUGGGCGAGGUGGUGCUCCUGGUUCAGGUGAUAAUGAAAGCAGGAAUGUGCUGGAUGCUUUUUUCUUAGGGAAGGCUGUAGCCGAAGCAUUGAAUGAAAGAAUAGAGUCCACAAUUGGGGAGUUUUUGAGUGUUGUUGGAAGGUUGCAGGCUGAGCAACAAAAGCAAGUGCAGGAUUUCCAGGAAGAGGUAUUGGAAAGAGCAAAAAAAGCCAAAGAGCAAGCAGCACGCGAGGCAUUGGAGGCACAGGGGCUGAUUCCGAAAUCUACUUCCCUAAGUACUUCGAUGGGUAGUGGUGGCACUGCAAAUAAUGGGGCUGCAGCUAAAGCUUCGCCCUCAACUGCCAAUAACGGAGUUUCUACAACCCCAUCCUCCUAUAAUCCCGCCAACCCUGCUGCUGCUAAUACAGACCCUGGGCUUGAUACUAAAAAGGAAUAGUGCCAAAGUAUCUCUAUUUGUAUUUCACACUUUUCAUCUGAUACAGUACCAAAUAUAUAUAAUAUCCAGGGUGUUUAAUCCCCCAUGAUCCUUUUUGUUUGAA